AUGUCCAAGUUUGAACCAGUCUUCGUUAUUGAUGGUAAGGGCCAUUUAGUCGGUCGUUUAGCCUCCAUUGUUGCCAAGCAAUUAUUGAAUGGUCAAAAGAUCGUUGUUGUCAGAGCUGAAGCUUUGAACAUCUCUGGUGAAUUCUUCAGAAACAAGUUAAAGUACCACGAUUACUUGAGAAAGGCUACUAUCUUCAACAAGACCCGUGGUCCAUUCCAUUUCAGAGCCCCAUCUAGAAUUUUCUACAAGGCUGUCCGUGGUAUGGUUUCUCACAAGACCGCCCGUGGUAAGGCUGCCAUGGAAAGAUUAAAGGUCUUUGAAGGUGUCCCACCACCAUACGACAAGAAGAAGAGAGUCGUUGUUCCAAACGCUUUGAGAGUCUUGAGAUUGAAGCCAGGUAGAAAGUACACUACUUUAGGUAAGUUGUCUUCUUCCGUUGGUUGGAAAUACGAAGAUGUUGUCUCCAAGUUGGAAGAAAAGAGAAAGGUCAGAUCCGCUGAAUACUACGCCAAGAAGAGAGCUUUCAACAAGAAGGUUACCUCUGCUACUGCUGCUGCUUCUGAAUCUGAAGCUGCUAAGCAAUUGGCCACCUUCGGUUACUAA